CAAUCAUGGAAGCGAAGUAUUUGAAUGGCACUGGAGUUUUGAGUUUGUUGUAAAUGCGUGUGUGUGUGUGCGCGGAAAAAAAAACAAAAAGCAUUGGAAUCAUCUUUUGACUUUAGAUCUAUGUGUACAACAUUUGUGACGAUGAGACGUAUAGUUUACAUCAAGUUAAGGAAUUCAAUGCAUCAAAAGUUUUUUGAAAGAAUAGGCAUUUUGAAGAUUGGCGUGCUGUUUUAACAAGAUGGACGAGGCAGCCGUUUGUUUGGCCGACGUGAAUUUUAGAGAUCCUCUGACUGUCUGUACCAGAAUCUGCUUAGUAGGAGAUGUGAGAAAGGAUUCCAAGACAACUGUUGCAGCAGAGAAAUUUGGCAUCCCUGUUGUGGAAUCAGAUAGUGGUAGUGAGUUCCUAAAUGAUGGAACGUGUGACACAGUUUUCAUUACAAAUGAUUUCUCUGGGUCUGCGUUUGAAGCUAUUCAUCGAUCCGAACAGAGGAUUAUGGGACCUACUGCACUACAAGAGUGUGCUGAGAAAGGUGAUACAUUACCGCACAAUACAAGACCUCUCUAUUGUCACGCAAUGGCCGGCCUAGUCGUAUGUUUUACAGGCUUCAGAAAAAAGGAUGAACUGAACAGAAUGAUAACAUUAAUUCACAAUAUGGGAGGAAGCAUAAGAAAAGAUAUGGUUGCUAAAGUGACACACCUAAUAGCUAAUAAUUGUGGAGGAGAGAAGUAUCGUUAUGCUGUAACUUUCAGGGUCCCAAUCAUGUCUGAUACAUGGGUCUACAAAUGCUGGGAACAGAGGGAUAAUGUAGGAUUUUCUGCAGUAUCCGAUGAAAUGAUGUGCCAUAAGAUGAAACCAUUUGUGGGCGCUCGUGUUUGUUUUUAUGGGUUUCCAGAUGAAGAAAGACAGCACAUGACAGAGAUAUUACUACAAAAUGGUGGUGAAGUAACCGAUGUGGAAGAUGGAACAAGCACUCAUGUUGUUGUUGACGGGGCUGAAAAAUACUAUCUUCUGAAGCAUAGGAUGGUGAUCAGUAAAAGAUGGUCUCUGUCUCCAACCAGCAGCACUGCUACUACUAAUCUUAACACUAAAGUUACAAGGUUGUCUAACAAUACGCCCACUGACCUUGCUCCACAGCAAUUAACAUCACCCAGAUGUUCAACACCUUACUGUCAUUGUGGACGAAGUAUGGAAAACAACUCCGGGUUCUCUAGUUUAUGUGUAAAAGACAGAAGCAUAUCACCAGCCUCUAAUGGAAUAAACAGAUGCCUGUCUUUUGGUGAAAGUGUACUACAUAAAUGUGACAUGGUUGACAUUGAAAAUGUCAUGAAUGAAAGCUGUGUCACUCUAAUAAAUGAUUCCGAUUCAGGAGAACGCCAUGUUUUCAAGCAAAUAACAAAUUCAGUUCCUAAAGUUAGGACAAACAGUCUCAUGGAACAUUCUGUUCAGAGUGCACAACACAGGAAAUGCAUUCCAAAGCGCUCUGCUUCAUCGCUUGGAACAGAAUUAUCUGUUGAAGACUAUUUUGUGCCUGACAAAAUGCCAAAAUUUGAUAUUGAGACAGGAAAAGCUAGGGAGUCAGUACAUGAAGAAUCUGCCUGCAAAUCAGCAAUGAAUACAUCUUUUGGACCUUACAAGACAUUAUUUAUGGAAGUAAUUUCGGAUUCAGACAGAGGCAGAAGCCCGCAGUUUUCCUCUCCCACAAUAACAGCAGUGUGCAAACCAACAGUGAAGUCAUGUGGAUACCCACGUGUAGCUGAAGAGGAUGUAUUAACUGAACUGGUUGUGGAUGAAUCAAAUGUACAAAGCGUUCCUGACCUGACCAUUAAUGCUCCAAUUGUCAAAGCAGAAUGGUUUUGGAAGUCUGUACAAAAUGAAGCACAAGCAGAUGAGAAGGAACAUCUGUUUGAAGACUACUUAGAAACAGCUCAGAGUCCAGCAAGCUGGCGUACCUCGCAGGAUACUCCAUCUUCUACAGCUUCUGUUCGUGCAAGGAAGCGGAAACGCUUAAGAGAUGUGGCAUCACGCCUACUGCAACAAAAUGAAUCUCCAGCCAUUCACAAAAGGAGAUCAUCAGUCAGUGAUGCGGGUCUACUCAGUAUGAGUGGAUCAUUCCUUGACUCAUGUUCUGCAACACCUGACAAACAAGAUGAAGUUGAAGCUGUGCUUAGUGAGACACCAAGAAAAAAUUUAAGCCCUCGUCAACAAGUAUUCUUCGAGCUUCUGCAGACAGAGUCAAACUAUGUGGGAAUCCUUGACACUAUCAUGACGCUGUUCAAGAGCCCAUUGGAGGAUGUAUCGGAACAGGGUGGUGCGCUGUUGAAUAACACUGAAUUAAAAAUAAUUUUUGGAAAUCUUCCUCCUAUCUAUGAAGUUCACAAACAAAUGUUGGAAGAACUACGCUCAGCUGCAGCCAGUUGGAAAGAGGAAAUCAGCAUUGGAAAAAUAUUUCUGAAAUACGUACCAGAUCUAGUCAAAGCAUAUCCGCCAUUCGUAAACUUCUUCGAGAACACCAAAGAAAUGCUGGUAAUGUGUGAUCAAACAAAACCACGUUUCCAUGCAUUUCUGAAGAUAUGUCAAACAAAGCCAGAAUGUGGCCGCCAAAGUCUUCAGGAAUUGUUAAUACGACCAGUACAGAGGCUCCCGAGCAUCAGUCUGCUUCUGAACGAUAUUUUGAAGCACACUUCAAAAAGCAAUCCAGAUCAUGCUGCUCUUGAAAAAGCAAUUGCAAGUAUUAGAGAGGUAAUGACGCACAUCAAUGAAGAUAAACGCAAGACUGAGGGUCAGCUCGUUAUGUUUGAUAUUUUUAAUGACAUUGACAAUUGUCCACCCCAUUUGGUUUCAUCACAUCGAAGUUUUAUUGUUCGCUGUGAUGUAAUGGAGCUCAGUGAUGGUCUUAGUGGAAGAGGAGAUAAUUUGGUUUUCUUUCUUUUCUCCGAUACUAUGGAGGUAUGUAAGAAGCGAUCAAAGACAUUUAAUUCUCUGAAGAGUCCAAACACAAGCAAUUUGCAUUCAGCAAAAAUGAGUUCAGUGAAACCUUUCAAACAUGUGAGAUUGAUGCCCCUAACACACAUAAAAAGGGUGAUUGAUAUUCGUGAGACUGAUGAAUGCCACAAUGUGUUUGCAUUGAUGUGUCGUAGUAAUCAGGAGUUAAAGGACAAGUUAUACUCAUUCACUAUUGCUGACGAAGAAACGGAGAAGCUGGGCUUCCUACGUACUCUUUGUCGACAAAUGGCUAAUACAGUGUGUAAAACUGAUGCUGAAAAUUUCUUGAUGUCAUUGGACUCUCAUCAGCUGGACAUAGAUACAAGUGAUGUUGCACUUGGCACUCUCAGCAAGGCCUUCAAUUCCUGGUAUGACAGGUUUGCAUCAAGGACACGAAUGAAGGUGGGAAGGGCAUUUAGCUUUAACAAGACGCCAAGCAAGCUGAAGCGGGCUGUAUCUACCAUGAUGAGUCCAUUUGGCAGCACAACCAACUUGACACCAGCAUCUCAACUUGCACAGAUGAGGCUUGCCAGCUGUAAUAAUCUCAAUGAGCUGGGUUCAUCACCCUCGAAAGAGGAAACGACCCUUGUUGCACCGCUAUCUGUUCAGCCAACAAGAAAAAAUAAAUCAUCGUCAUUAAAUAUGUCUUCAUUAAGGAGAUUAUAACAGAAACUACGGGGGAGCAUAGGAAGGCGCAAUAAACUCUCGCAGCGUGGACGCUGCUCUUGGGUUGAGAACCAAGUUGCAGAUGGUGAUGGGGAUGUGCAGUUAUAGUGCAGCACAAUAAAAAUUCCUGAAGGUUCACUCGUACGUGCUGGAGUGAAAACAUAAUAGAAGCCUUGUAGUUUUACAAGUUCUUGUCUCUGUACCUGCAUUGCAACUGUCCUAUGCUCUUCCGUGUAUUCUUUUUAUGUUUGUGAUUCGUAUUUGAAAUAUUUAUAAGUCACUUUAUACCUGAAAGUCUAAAUAAGACAAAUACUGAAGCUGCACUGCACACAGUGCUGAGUUGAGUAAAUUUGAAUUUCAGAAGAAACUCAUUUAUACAGUACAAGUGAUUCAAGUAAAACACUUUACGCUUAGUAAACACCAGAUAUUUCUGCAAUGAAUGGCAUAAUAAUUUAUUAAUAAUGCUGCGUAUCCUAUGUCCACUAAUUUUAAAAAUUGAUUUGCUAAUUGUAUUAUACAUUGUUCACUAUCAGUUUAUAUUUAAUACCAGAGACAACGAAAUUUUACCUUUCAAUGGUUCGUACGUAACAGAAAUUAGGUGUACGUUGAGUUGAUCAAAUUUCUCGUUUUUAAUGUAGUCAUAAAUUUUUAUGAUAUUUAUUGCUAAACAAUCAAAAGAGAAUGGAAUUUCGAGUGUUCCUCAUGCUACUUCUCAUUUUUCGUAUUUCUUCAUUAUAUCAGUUCAUAUGUAGUGCUAAUGCUUCACUAAUAUCUGUGACCAUUCGUUCCACCCCGUACUGGAACAGCAGACUGAGAUGUCAGGAUAGCUUCGGUAUCUGUUAAUAGUUGACUGUUGUGCGUUGCUGUUUUCAGUACAAUGUCUGUGGAUGUCUUUGUACUUUCGAAUGUACAUGUUGUGAGACACAGAAGUCGAAUGUUUAUAUUUAAUGCAUUUUUGCAUUUCUGUGCCAGUAAUAUUUUGAAAUAUUUAGCAAGAAACAGCAUAGAUGUUUGAUACAAAUGUGCUCUUAAUGUAUAGAUAUGUAAAAAAAUGUAUAAAUUUUUUUGAUGUUAUAGAUUUUAUAUGUUAAACAAGUCUGUAAUUUGUGCUUUUUCUUCCUCUAUUAGGCGGCAUUUUUGAAAGCCUAAAGUGCUUACUGUACAUGGCACUUGUAAAUAUGUUCCGCCAAGCAUUUUCACAGGCUGGUACUGUCUUGAUGAUCUGUUUGAAACUAAUCUCUGUAACGAUCUAAUGUGAUCUUAAAUACUGGUGUAAGUCUUCAUAGUCUGUCCUGCAGCAUGUAAUAUACACUCUGUUUUGGUUGUGAUAGUUACACUGGACCAUCGUGCCAUGUACAUGGAAGGACCCCCCCCCCCUCCCCCCCAAACAUGUUUAUAUUGGUACAAAAAACUGUAUACCAGUGAAGUG